AAAAACAGCUGUUGUGCAAUGUCAUCCGUCAGUGUCAUUUCAGUAUUUUCAUUUGUGAAGAAAAGUUGUGAAAUUUUUAAAUUUAUUUUUCCUAAUCGUAAUUGUAACAAGAAUGGACGGUGAAAGCAAACAAUUAAUCGAAGACUGUUUUCUGCGACCAAUUUCUGAUGCUAGAUCGACAAAUGCACCCAUCGAACCACCACCAUCAAAAGUACCACUGAAGGCCGAACUUCAAGUGCUCCGAUUGUCCGAGGAGGGACAGAAUGCCGUCCUGGAAACGUUGCGCUACAUACACGGCCAAGAUUAUCAAUUAGCCGACAAAUCCAAAUACGUAGACAAAGGGACUCGGUAUAAAAACGGAUACUGGCAAGAGCGCGGUCAUCUCGUCGUUCAGGGUGGCUGCGAUUAUUCGAAUGUACAAAAGUCUGGCUGUGAUUCCAUAGACCGUUACCGCAUGUUUGCUAUACUGAAAUUGGAAAGUUACGGUUUCAGCAAAGGUCACUGCAUCGAAGCAUUGGAUUACUGCAAAGGUGAUGUGGACGAGGCGCUGGUGUUGUUGUUUUCCAGAUAUUUUCCCUCAUAUGUGAAUGCCGACAAACCGUCGACGACGUACGACGAAAGUGAGAUCUUAGAACUGCGGAACGAUGAGAUAUCCGCCUUGGAGUCGAUUUAUGACAGUUCCUUUGAAGUGAAGGAGAAGAACAAAGUGUGGCAAUUGAAAUUGAAGAUCGAUCAUCUGUUGGUUCACAGUCCAUCGGAGCAACGGAAAAAAUCGGAAGCGGCAAAGGAGAAGGCAAAGGAAAAACACCACGGCCAUGGCAAGAAAUUGGAAAAAUGUAAAAAUCUGUUGAAGGGUCACUGCAGGUACGGUGAUCGAUGUCGCUAUUCGCACAAAGUCGACGCAGAUACAACGGACAAACCAAUCGAUCCGAAUCUGGACCCGAACUGGUUUUACUUGGAAAUACGGUUUCCCGUCGGCAACGUUUAUCCCUACGAACCACCGUUGGUAUUCUUGAAAACGACCUGUCCCGACAUUCCAUCAUCAUUGUGCCUCAGAUUAACGAGGCGAAUUGUGGAAGAAGCGCGUCGUUUUGCUGAAGAUCAAAUUCCGAGCGUUUACUCCAUAUCCGAACUGCUUCAAAUGGACGACGAGAUAACAAUGUUCCUGAAAAACGAUCGUUACAGGCUUCUCGAUGGGAAAAAGUCAUUGUUCCACGUUGACGUAGAGGACGAAAUGAGUUUGACCGAUUCCAAAGAACUGCCCACACAUUACGCUAAGGGAGCAUCGCGAAACGCAGACAAAUUAAAUUACUCGCCAGCUCAAAUGCUGAAGGACGAUUUGAAUUUGGUGACGAAAUUCCUUAACAAACAGAGCCAAAAGAACUACCAGGAUAUGUUGCGAUCAAGAAAGAAACUGCCAGCCUGGCCAAUGAUGUCGAACAUUUUAGAGGCUAUCGAGAUGUCGCCGGUAGUUGUGAUCAGUGGCGAAACGGGCUGUGGAAAGUCUACGCAAGUACCGCAAUUUAUUCUCGACGAUUGGCUACUUAGGUCUUCCAACAACAACAACAGCAUCAAAGCCAUAGACCACGUAGAAAUCAUUUGUACCCAACCUCGGCGAAUCUCUGCUAUUGGUGUGGCCGAACGUGUGGCAGACGAACGUGUUGAAAAGAUUGGCAACACCGUCGGCUAUCAAAUUCGAUUGGAAAAUAAAAUCUCGUCGUCGACUCGUCUGACAUUUUGCACAACGGGUAUUCUGCUAAGGCGCUUACAGUCCGAUUCAAUGUUGGAAUCGGUUAGCCAUAUAAUUGUAGACGAGGUGCACGAACGCAGUGAAGAGUCAGACUUUCUAUUGCUGAUCCUGAAGGAAUUGCUGGUGAAACGGCCACGGUUGAAAGUCAUCCUUAUGUCUGCGACAUUGAAUGCAAGUCUAUUUUCGGAUUAUUUCAACGGAGCGCCAGUCAUGGAAAUUCCUGGCCGAACGUUCCCAGUCGAACAGAUCUUUUUGGAAGACAUUCUGGGUCGAUGUAACUUUGUGUUGGAAGCUGAUUCGCAGUACUGCCGAAAGCUGAAAAAGAGCGAGGAAAACCAACUGAUCAACGAACUCGAAUUUGCCGAUGUUAUUGCUGCCAAUUCGGCACCUCCGAAGUCGAUACGUGAUGAAAAUUUAGCAAUGGCUGAAUUGUUUGCCAGAUACAGUGAAUGCUCAAAGGCCACCGGUAAAACACUAUUCCUAAUGGAUCCAAUGCGCAUCAAUCCCGACCUUAUAGAAUCCAUUCUCGACUACAUCGAUGACGGUGACCACAAAUGGCCUCAUGAGGGUUCCAUACUCAUUUUCCUACCAGGUCUUGCUGAAAUUCAGACCAUCUACGAUGCGCUCUGUGACAAUGCGAAAUUCAGCCCCAGAGCUGGCAAAUACAUUCUAGUGCCGCUUCACUCCACUUUGACCAAUGAAGAACAAGCACUGGUAUUUCAACGGGCCCCGAAGGGCAAAAGGAAAAUUGUGCUGAGCACGAACAUAGCUGAAACGUCGGUGACAAUAGACGAUUGUGUCUUUGUCAUCGAUUGCGGUCAGAUGAAAGAGAAACGGUUCGACGCAAACCGGAACAUGGAGUCAUUGGAUCUGGUGUGGGUGUCACGAGCGAAUGCAAAUCAACGCAAAGGUCGUGCCGGUCGUGUGAUGCCUGGUGUGGCUAUUCACUUGUUUACAAAACAUCGGUUCGCGAAUCAUUUCAGCAGUCAACCAGUGCCAGAAAUUCAUCGGGUUCCGUUGGAACAGUUACUGUUACGGAUUAAGACUUUGCCGAAUUUCCACUCCCGGAAUGUGAACAGCGUCAUUGAGAACACAUUGGAGCCACCAUCAGAAGAGAGCGUAACGUCAGCAGUGAAACGAUUGCAAGAUGUUGGAGCUUUCGAUGCGAAUGAUAAUCUAACAGCGCUCGGUCAUCACUUAGCUGCACUUCCCGUCGAUGUUCGAAUAGGAAAGCUGAUGCUGUACGGUGCUAUAUUUCAGUGUGUCGACAGUGUUUUGACGAUAGCAGCUUGCCUUAGCUACAAAUCCCCCUUCGUUUCACCCUUUUCCAAGCGAAACGAAGCUGAUUCGAAGAAAAAGGAAUUUGCCAUGUGCAACAGUGACCAUUUGACUGUUUUAAAAGCGUACAGGGCCUGGCUGGAAGCGAGUAAGCGAAGUAAAUACGCCGGAAAGUGUUACGCCGAACAAUCAUUUCUGUCUUGGAAAACGCUCGAAACGCUCGUCGAGAUUAAGCAACAAUUUCUGGAAUUACUCAUGUCAAUCGGCUUUGUACCAGGCAAUCAAACCGGUCGCAAACAGCGAUUCAAAGACACGGUAUUCGAGACAACCGGCACGGAAAUGAAUGUGAAUGGCGACAAUAAUCGGUUGUUAGCCGCUCUGCUCUGUGCAGCAUUGUAUCCAAAUGUUGUGAAAGUUUUAACGCCGGAGAAGAGUUUCGUUAUGAGUGCGGCUGGAGCUGUGCCACGUGAACCGCUGCCGAAGGAAUUGCGGUUCAAAACGAAUCAGGACGGAUAUGUGUUCAUCCAUCCAUCGUCGGUGAAUUCGGUGGUCGGGCAUUUCACGUCUCCCUUCAUGGUCUUUCAGGAGAAAGUGAAAACAUCAAAAAUUUUCAUCCGAGAGUGUACAAUGGUGCCGUUACUGCCGUUGGUACUGUUCUCGGGAAGUAAUAUCAACAUUGAACUGCAUGGCGGAGAAUUCAUUUUACUGUUGCGAGACGGAUGGAUUAUGCUGCAAGCAUCGUCACAUCAAGUGGCAGAAAUGGUCAAGUGUCUGAGAAUCGAAUUGGCAAAAUUGUUGGAGGAAAAGAUUCGCGAUCCGUGUCUGAAUCUGUUGCAUCAUGACAAUGGCAAGAAGAUAAUAUCUACGAUCGUUUAUCUGAUAUCCAAAGAGUGAGGAGCGUUGGAGCAUGUGGAUGUUAACUUUGUUACUCGUUGGAAUUUGCAAUAAAAACGAAAUUUAAUUUGUUUUUGGUAAA